UGCAACAAUACAGCACACAUUGUCAGUCAAACUAUACACUAAACAGAUUUUCACUGCAAAUAUAUUAUUAUAUUUAUUGAGACUAUAUCUACAAUAAUAUUAUUGCAUUGUUAUUAGUUUUCAACAAUGGCUCCUGCGAUUGGAAUUGAUUUAGGAACAACGUAUUCAUGUGUGGGGCGUUGGCAACAUGGAAAAGUGGAAAUAAUUGCAAAUGAUCAAGGAAAUCGAACUACUCCAAGUUAUGUCGCAUUUACUGAUACAGAACGAUUGAUUGGAGAUGCCGCUAAAGGUCAAGUAUCGUUAAAUCCUGAAAACACUGUGUUCGAUGCAAAACGUUUAAUUGGUCGUAAAUAUGAUGAUCCAAAAAUCCAACAAGACAUGAAACAUUGGCCAUUUAAGGUUAUUAACGAUUGUGGAAAACCAAAAAUUCAGGUUCAGUAUAAAGGUGAAACGAAAAAUUUCGCUCCGGAAGAAAUAAGUUCUAUGGUUCUAGUUAAAAUGAAAGAAAUUGCUGAAGCUUAUUUAGGAACUACAAUUAAAGAUGCUGUAAUUACUGUUCCAGCUUAUUUUAAUGAUUCUCAACGUCAAGCCACCAAAGAUGCUGGAUCAAUUGCUGGAAUUAAUGUUCUUCGAAUUAUUAAUGAACCAACAGCCGCUGCCUUAGCUUAUGGGUUAGAUAAGAAUUUGAAAGGCGAACGAAAUGUUUUGAUUUUUGAUUUAGGUGGCGGUACAUUCGAUGUUUCUAUUUUAACAAUUGAUGAGGGCUCUUUAUUUGAAGUAAAGUCAACUGCAGGGGAUACGCAUCUGGGGGGAGAAGAUUUUGAUAAUCGUUUGGUAAAUCAUUUUGUUGAAGAAUUUAAACGAAAAUAUCAUAAGGAUAUUCGCAAUAACCCACGUGCAAUCCGUCGUUUACGAACAGCUGCUGAACGAGCUAAGCGUACACUUUCUUCAAGUACAGAAGCGUGUAUUGAAAUAGAUGCUAUAUUCGAUGGUAUUGAUUUCUAUACCAAAGUUUCCCGAGCACGAUUUGAAGAAAUGUGUUCGGAUCUUUUCCGUAGUACAUUGCAACCUGUGGAAAAAGCUUUAACCGAUGCUAAAUUGGAUAAAAGUUCAAUUCAUGAUGUAGUUUUGGUUGGAGGAUCCACUCGAAUACCAAAGAUUCAGUCCUUGUUACAAAACUUCUUUUGUGGGAAAACAUUGAAUUUGUCUAUCAAUCCAGAUGAAGCUGUUGCUUAUGGUGCUACAGUUCAAGCUGCUAUAUUAAGUGGAGACACUAGUUCAACUAUUCAGGACGUACUUUUAGUUGAUGUAGCUCCGCUGUCAUUAGGUAUAGAAACUGCUGGAGGGGUUAUGUCAAAAAUUAUUGAAAGAAAUGCACGUAUUCCCUGUAAAAUGACUCAAACAUUUACAACAUAUUCUGAUAAUCAGCCAGCUGUCACCAUUCAAGUGUUUGAAGGAGAACGAGCUAUGACCAAAGAUAACAACUUGUUAGGAACUUUCGAUCUAACAGGAAUUCCACCAGCACCACGCGGUGUUCCUAAAAUUGAAGUUACUUUUGAUUUAGAUGCAAAUGGUAUAUUGAAUGUAACAGCUACAGAUAAUAGCAGUGGCAAGUCAAAAAAUAUUACUAUACGAAACGACAAAGGUCGUUUAUCCCAAAAAGAUAUUGACCGAAUGUUAGCUGACGCUGAAAAAUAUAAAGAAGAAGAUGAACAGCAAAAAGAAAAAGUCAAAGCUCGUAAUCAACUUGAAAGUUAUAUUUUUAACGUGAAACAAGCUACUGAAGAUGCUGGAAAUAAAUUAACAUCCGAAGAAAAAUCGAAAGUUUUUUCUGAAUGUACUUCUGCGUUAAAUUGGAUGGAUAAUAAUACAUUAGCAGAUAAGGAAGAAUACGAAUAUCGUCUAAAAGAAUUGACUAAGGCGUGUAGUCCUGUGAUGAUGAAACUUCAUAAUGGUAGUGCAGGCGGUCAACAAAAUGGUCCAGGCGGAAUGCCGGGUUAUGGAAAUAUGGGUAAUGCAGGGGGAAUGCCUGGGUAUGAAAAUAUGGGUAAUGCCGGAGGAAUGCCUGGUUUUGGAGGUAUGGGUGAUGUAGGGGGAAUGCCUGGGUAUGGCGGUCCAACUAUUGAAGAAGUAGAUUAAAUUUUUAAAC